AUGUCUUACACACCUUUUUCUCUGCAGACUUUAAUAAAAGCACUACCUUUUGAGGAUAGCCAGCAGGCUACCCAAAGUUCUGGAGGUGGAAGUAGAUUGUUUGGAGGAAGAGAGAGUAACAGAGCUGGCGCAGGUUCGAGGCUAACUAGUAGCAUUGGAUGGGGAAAUAAAGAUAGUCAAGUUACGGUAGAAUCUGUUGAGGCCUGGGGCACUUCGGAUGGACAGUUAAUUCAUUAUUUGCUCGAUGAUCAAGUUUUGUCCAAAGAUAAUAUACCGAGUAACUUUCUUAUCAGUAAACAAGCUCUUAGUUGGAAAAGGAAAGUUGAACGUAUAAUGCUUCUCCCCCAAAUUAAUACUGCCAUGACCGCAUUACCAACGACAAACUUCCCAUGGAUUAAAGGAGUUACAUGUUUUUGUCAUGAUACUUCAAAGGAGGGCAAACUUGAACGAGAUGGAUCAGUCAAAUUAUGUGUAAUGAAGAAAAGAACGCUACAUAUAUACUCGCUGACAGAUAGAUAUUCCGAAGAAACACCUAUGCAAGUACCAGAUGGGGCAAUUACUGCGUGUCAAUAUGGUCCUUAUAUAUUUGUCGCGGACUUGCAUCAAUAUAAGAUAAUUAAUUUAUCAACAAAACGGAUGGAAAUUGUACAACCAUAUCUAUCUGAUAUUGGCGAUAGUUUUAACCCUAUAGUUACUGUUAUCAGAGCAGGAGAGUUUUUAUUGACCAUACCGACUACUAAUCAUAUCCUUGUUUAUGAUUAUCAAUUGAUAUUAUUUUUCAAUUUAAUUUACUACAUAUAA